AUGAUAGCUGAUGCUCCCACACCCGAACCACCACAGGAUACAAAUGUAGUUCCUCCGCCACCACAGCAGGCAAAUACAGUUCCACCGCCACCACAAGAGGCAACUGCAGUUCCUACGCCACCACCGGUGAUGAGGACAACUCUCGAGUCAUCACAGGAGACGUUGGCAUCAUCAAUGAUGGAUGAAACCUCUUUUCAGGCAUUGGAGGAGAUGGACGUAACCCCUGAGCCACAACAACAGAAAGAGAGACUUGUAUUGGAAGAGAUUGAGAUAUCUUCAAAUGAACCAGAAGAGAAAGAGCUAGAUCUCCAGCUAGCACAAGGGAGAAAUACAGAUACCUUGUCACCUCUGCAGACAGAGUCAACUUCUGAAUCUGAACCAUCACAGGAGGUAGAGUUAGUACCUGAGCAACUUAAGGAAAGAGAAACAGCUCCAGAGUCACCACAGGAAAGAGAAACAGCUUCGGAGUCACCACAGGAAAGAGAAACAGCUUCGGAGUCACUACAGGGAAUAGAGACCGCUCCACAGCCACCACAAGAAAAGGAGACCGCUCCAGAGUCACCACAGAGAAUAGAGACAGCUCCAGAGCCACCACAGGAAAUAGAGACAGUUCCAGAAAAAUCACAGGAAAGAGAGACAACACAAGAGAGAGAGACUGUUCCAGAGCCCCUACAGGAAAGAGGGACAGUUUCAGAGCCACAACAGGAAAGAGAUACAGCUCCAGAGCCUCCACAGGAAAGGGAGACUGCUACAGAGCUACUACAGGAAAGGAAGACUGCUACAGAGCUACUACAGGAAAGGGAGACAGCUCCAGAACCACCACAGGGAAGAGAGACAGUUCCAGAGCCUCAUCAGGAAAGCGAUACAGCUCCAGAGCCUCUGCAGGAAAGAGAGACUGCUACAGAGCUACCACAGGAAAGAGACACAGAAAGGGAGACCGCUAAAGAGUUACUACAGGAACGGGAGACAGCUCCAGAACCCCCACAGGAAAGGGAGCCAGCUCCAGAGCCUCAUCAGGAAAGAGAGACAACACAAGAGAGAGAGACUGUUCCAGAGCCCCUACAGGAAAGAGGGACAGCUCCAGAGCCACCACAGGAAACAGACACAGUUCCAGAGCCUCAUCUGGAAAGCGAUACAGCACCAGAGCCUCUGCAGGCAAGAGAGACUGCUACAGAGCUACUACAGGAAAGGGAGACAGCUCCAGAACUACCACAGGAAAGGGAGACAGCUACAGAGCUACUACAGGAAAGGGAAACAGCUCUAGAGCCACCACAGGAAAGAGACACAGUUCCAGAGCCUCAACAGGAAAGAGAGACAGCUCCAGAGCCUCCACAGGAAAGGGAGACCGCUAAAGAGUUACUACAGGAACGGGAGACAGCUCCAGAACCACCACAGGAAAGGGAGACUGCUACAGAGCUACUACAGGAAAGUGAGACAGCUCCAGAGCCACCACAGGAAAGAGACACAGUUCCAGAGCCUCAACAGGAAAGAGAUACAGCUCCAGAGCCUCUGCAGGAAAGAGAGACUGCUACAGAGCUACUACAGGAAAGGGAGACAGCUCCAGAGCCACCACAGGAAAGGGAGACAGCUCCAGAGCCUCUGCAGGAAAGAGAGGCUGCUACAGAGCUACUACAGGAAAGGGAGACAGCUCCAGAGCCACCACAGGAAAGAGACACAGUUCCAGAGCCUCAACAGGAAAGAGAUACAGCUCCAGAGUCUCCACAGGAAAGGGAGACCGCUAAAGAGUUACUACAGGAACGGGAGACAGUUACAGAGCUACUACAGGAAAGAGACACAGUUCCAGAGCCUCAACAGGACAGAGAGACAGCUCCAGAGCCUCCACAGGAAAGGGAGACCGCUAAAGAGUUAUUACAGGAACGGGAGACAGCUCCAGAACCACCACAGGAAAGGGAGACAGCUACAGAGCUACUACAGGAAAGGGAGACAGCUCCAGAACCACCACAGGAAAGAGAGACAGUUCCAGAGCCUCAUCAGGAAAGAGAUAUAGCUCCAGAGCCUCUGCAGGAAAGAGAGACUGCUACAGAGCUACUACAGGAAAGGGAGACAGCUCCAGAGAAAGAGAUACAGCUCCAGAGCCUCCACAGGAAAGGGAGACCGCUAAAGAGUUACUACAGGAACGGGAGACAGUUACAGAGCUACUACAGGAAAGAAGUACAGCUCCAGAGCCUCCACAGGAAAGGGAGACCGCUAAAGAGUUACUACAGGAAAGGGAGACAGCUCCAGAGCCAACACAGGAAAGGGAGACAGUUUCAGAGCCUCCACAGGAAAGAGAGACCGCUACAGAGUUACUACAGGAAAGGGAGACAGCUUCAGAGCUACUACAGGAAAGGGAGACAGCUCCAGAGCCACUACAGGAAAUGGAGACAGCUUCAGAGCCACCACAGGAAAGGGGGACAGCUUCAGAGCCACCACAGGAGAGGGAGACCGCUUGUGAGCUACUACAGGAAAGGGGGACACUUCCAGAGCCACUACAGGAAAGGGAGACAGCUUCAGAGUCACCACAGGAAAGGGAGACAGCUUCAGAGCCACCACAGGAAAGGGAGACAGCUUCAGAGCCACCACAGGAAAGGGAGACCGCUUGUGAGCUACUACAGGAAAGGGGGACACUUCCAGAGCCACAACAGGAAAGGGAGACAGCUUCAGAGUCACCACAGGAAAGGGAGACAGCUUCAGAGCGUCCACAGGAAAGAGAGACCGCUCCAUGGCCACCACAGGAAAGAAGGGUAGCUUCAGAGUCAUUGCAGAUGGAGGAGACACUGGCAUCAACUGAGAUGGAUACAUCUUCCGAGGUAUCGGGGGAGAUCGAGCUAGAUCUGCAGCCAGCACAGGAGAUCGAGGCCGUACCUGAGAA